AUGCGGUUCUCAGCACUGCUUGUAGCUUUGGCAUUGACCGGCGCUGGGCUUGCAGCACCAUACAAUUCAAAUGGAGCGUCGCUUAUUGAGAGACGGCAAGCUUUGACUGGUCUCUUCAAUGGCGUUAAUAAUGCCCUGGCUGUGACGGCCAGCGGACUGCUCGAUGAAAUCGGCGACGCCUUGAACAAAGGAGACAGGGAAAAGACACUCGAUACGCUGCAGAAGCUGAAGGCCACAAAAAAGCCGAAGAACGUUGGCGAAGCAUCAUCUAUCACUAAAAAGGUCGCUAAGUCAGAGCCUGAUAACAUCGUUGAGUACAGCGCGCGAUUGAUAGCGAAUGGCAUCGUCUCCGGAUCAACAGAUGAUAUACUGGGCUACGCCCAAGGCCUCGGCUCCGUAGAGAAUGGAAACAACAACCAGUAUGGCAAACCAAGCUUUCUUCAUUCCCAGCCUACUCAUCUAAUCUUCUGUAGAAACCCUGACCCGCCAAAGAGCGUCUUUCCAAGGGCGGCAAGCUGUGAUGCGCCAUACACAGUCAGCGAGAACAAGCUCAGGUCUGCUAUCUACAUCCCGGACACUUUUACCUAUGGCAAAAAGCUACCUGUGAUUUUGUUCCCUGGUACCGGAUCUACCGGCUACACCGCAUUUCGGGGCAGCUUCAUCCCAUUGCUCACCGGUGUGGACUGGGCUGAUCCUGUCUGGGUUAACGUACCUGAACUUCUUCUUGGUGAUGCGCAAGUCAAUGCCGAGUACGCUGCGUACGCGCUCAACUACAUCGCCUCCCUCUCAAAGCGAAGCGUUGCUAUCAUCGGUUGGUCGCAGGGCAACAUCGAUACUCAAUGGGCAUUCAAGUACUGGCCAUCAACUCGCAAAGUCACUACCGACCACGUCGCCAUCAGUGCGAAUUACAAGGGCACUGUUCUAGCCAACUUUGUCGACCUCUCUGGAAUUACCAACACGCCAUCUGUUGUCCAGCAAGAAGCUGGUAGCAAUUUCAUCAAAACUCUUCGCUCGGACGGCGGUGAUUCAGGAUAUGUACCGACAACAAGUCUGUACUCUAGCUUCCUGGACGAGAUUGUCCAGCCGCAAGAGGGCACCGGGGCUUCGGCUUACUUGCUCGACCAAAGAAAUGUCGGCGUCACAAAUGCUGAAGUACAAAAAGUUUGCGCUAGAAAACCAGGUGGUUCAUUUUAUACACAUGAAAGCAUGCUGGCAAACCCCCUCAGUUUUGCACUUGCGAAAGAUGCACUUACUCAUGAAGGACCUGGCAAGAUCUCCAGGCUGGACUUGGGAACAGUCUGCGCCUCAUCUUUGGCACCUGGACUUGGAUUGGAAGAUCUUUUGAUCACUGAGAACGCGAUUGUCAUUGCGGGCAUUUCUCUUGCUACGUAUUUGCCCAAGGUAAAGCAAGAGCCGGCGAUUAAGGAAUACGCUUUGAAUACAGCGGGGACGUGUUAA